GGACCCCUGACCAUUAGGUCCAGUCGUGACCGACUCUGGGGUUGCAGCGCUCAUAUCGCGUUAUUGGCCGAGGGAGCCGGCGUACAGCUUCCAGGUCAGCCGCUUCUGGCGAACCAGAGUAGCACACGGAAAUGCCGUUUACCUUCUCGCUGUAGUGGUACCUAUUUAUCUACUUGCACUUUGACGUGCUUUCAAACUGCUAGGUUGGCAGGAGCUGGGACCGAGCAACGGGUAUUCGAACCGCCAAGCUUCUGAUCGGCAAGCCCUAGGCUCAGUGGUUUAACCCACAGCGCCACCCGCGCCCCUGUGCAUGUUUACCCAGACAUAAAUUUUACACUGAAUUGUUUUAUUCCUAGGUGAGUGUGCGUAAGGUUGCAAGCACGGCAAGUGAAGUAGUCGGAGCACAGCUGUCAACCUUCCUAUUUUUUGCACGAAAUUCCUACCCAGCGCCGUUUCCUACUGCUAUCCUGGAUUGCCUGGGGACUCACCUUUGUUUCAGCACUUCCCAGCGGUGUGGUUUCCUUGCUGCUGUAUCCCUUUGCUGGGUCGCUGCGCUGUGGAAACCACCGCUUGAGGCUUCCUUUGGCUGCUGGCUGGGCUUUCUGCCUUUGGGCCUUUGGCUUGGAGGGGCUUGGAAGAUACCUGUGCUCGGAAUUGGAUGGAUACUAACAUCGACGUCCCACUCACCCAUGCCAGGGAUAAGAAAGAGAUGGAUGGAGGUGGAGAAGACAUUCCUUCAAAAAAAGCAAAGAAGUUGUGCAAGUAUCUUGAGAAAUGGGAGAGCGAAUUUAGCUUCGUGAAGAAGAGCAGAGUGGGGGACAGUAACGCAUUCUGCACAAUUUGCAGUUGCGAUUUUAGUGUCUCCCACGGGGGAAGGAACGAUGUCGCUCAGCAUAAACAAUCAGCCAAGCACAAGCGCAGGCUAGAGGCACAGAAAAAUGCCCCGACAAUGUCCGCAUUUGUGAAUAGGAAUACCACAGAGGCUGACCAGGUUAUAAAUGCAAAGGUUAAAAUGGCCAUGCUGUGUGCCAAAAACAACAUUUCUUUCACCUUCUGCGACGACUUCAACAAGUGUGUAGCUGACAUGUUCCCGGACUCUGCCAUUGCACGAAAAUAUUCUGCGGGGGAAACCGAAACUAUGCAAAUCGUAAAAGGUGCCAUAGCAACAGAGCUAGAUGACGAGUUGGCCAAAACAUGCCGAUCUCAGCCCUUUUCAUUGAUGUGUGACGAAUUGAACAACAGAAAAGCAGACAAAAAAUUCGUCAUCAUGGCUAGACUCUACGAUGAGGCCAAUCUGCAGGUUGCUACCAGAUUAUUAGAGAUGCCCAUAUGCAAUGUUGGAAAUGCAGAAAAUCUUUAUGAAAAGCUGAGUGAAGCAUUAAGAAAAAGAGGCAUUCCGUGGGAGAACCUGAUAGCCUUUAACUUUGAUAAUGCGAGUGUCAUGGAAGGCAAACACAACUCUGUUAUCAGCAGACUGAAGACCAGACAGCCCCACAUUCAGGAUCUUGGCUGCAUCUGCCACCUAGUACAGCUGGCCACUGGCUGUGCCAUCAGAGCAGCACAGGUACCUGUUGAAGACAUCCUGGUCAGAAUAUAUACCCACUUUGGUAAAAGUGCAAAAAGAUGUGAAAUUUACAAGGAGUUUGUCGAUUUUACUGAUUCAGACCACCUGAACCUGCUCAGGUAUUGCAGCACCCGAUGGCUGAGUCUGUUAACCUGCAUCCAGAGAGUGUUGAACCAAUGGGACGCACUAAAGGCCUACUUUAACAGCCUUGAGGAGGUGGAGAAGAGUGCCAAACUACGUGAUCUAGCCAGCCAUCUGGGUGAUCCGGUCGUGAAGAUCUACUUCUUGUUCCUGGCUGCUGCCCUUAAGCCUUUAUCUGAAUUUAAUAUUGCCUUCCAGUCAGAGGAAGUGCAAAUUCACAGGCUUGAAGAGGAGAUGUGCAGGCUGAUCAGGAGGAUCCUGGGCUACCUCGUACCAGCCAGGGCCAUCGUGGGUGUACCUCUCAGGGAGGUGGAGUAUGGAGAAGGACAUCAGUUGGCUGAUGAAGACCUCUUUAUCGGAAAAGACACAAAGGCGUUCAUGAGAAGCACAGAGCUUCCUGUGUCCGCCGAGAAGAAAAUCUUUCAAUCUGUGAGAAGAUUCUACGAAGCAGUGCUUCAGAAGAUGUUCUCCUCCUUUCCCUUUGACAAUCCACUCCUGAGGGACUUGAAAGUGCUGGACCCUGCUGCUCGCCUUGACAUUACUCCAGGGGCAGUGGAAAGGCUAGUGGCCCUGCUCCCUCAGUUGAGCUUGAGUGAAGAUAAGCUGAGAGAGGAACUCACUGACUACCAGCUGACAGACAGCAAGCAACUCCCCCAAGAAGAAAAAAUUGACAGAUUCUGGGGCCUGCUAGGGAAGGAUGUGAGGUUCAGUGAGCUGCCAAGAUUAAUGAAGGCUUUACUCUGUAUUCCCCACAGCAAUGCCAGUUCUGAAAGGGUGUUUAGUAUAUGGUGAGAAAGAUAAGUUACAGAGAAUAGAAUGCCAUUAGACAACAGCACUAUUUGUGCUUUGCUUGCAUGUAAAAUCAACCACUCUGGCCCGGCCCACAAAUACACUCCUUCCAAAAGAGUGUUAAAGGAUGCAAAGUCUGCAACACGUUUGUAUAAUAAGUCAUUAAUGGAUGCGAGAGAGCCAAAAGAGUGAACCUGAUCAAUCUGCCCAUGGCGCUGGAGUCCCAUGGACUGCAAGAAGAUCAAACUGAUCCAUUCUGAAGAACAUCGGCCCUGGUUGCUCAUCGGAAGGACAGAUCCUGAAGCAUCGCAUGAGAAGAGAAGACUCCCAGGAAAAGAGACCCCGAGGUGGGGAAAGAUGGUGGUGUGUAGCCUGGUGUAAAUUAAUUUGUAGCCUGUGGGGAUUACCGCGGCAUGGACUGUCCCCAAGAACUGUAUACUGUCCCAGGCUGCUGAUCCCUUAUUUUCAAAUCCGAAAGUUGACAGCUAUGAGUCGGAAUGACCUACAUCUAACACCACCCCUAAGCUGCAAUUAUAAACAUUUAUUUAGAAAUUAAAAAUCCGUAGCAGUGAAUGUGAUGUGCUACUCGUUUCCAUGCAAGUUUGCUUAGCAGUUAGUUGAGUGCAACCUAUUUCGUAGCAAGUAUACAGGUCAUCACAGCUUUAUGUCCAAAUAAAUUUGCUCAGAAUUUGUGGGUGCACUGCAGCCACAGCCUUAUCUAGAUAAAACCCAUGGAACUCUAGAGCUGCAUUCUUAUCUGUGAUAGAUUUAUUAAACGCAAUAUAAAGGUAAAGGGACCCCUGACCAUUAGGUCCAGUCGUGACCGACACUGGGGUUGCGCGCUCAUCUCGCAUUAUUGGCCGAGGGAGCCGGCGUAUAGCUUCCAGGUCAUGUGGCCAGCAUGACAAAGCCGCUUCUGGCAAACCAGAGCAGCACAUGGAAACGCCGUUUACCUUCCUGCUGUAGCGGUUCCUAUUUAUCUACUUGCAUUUUGACAUGCUUUCGAACUGCUAGGUUGGCAGGAGCUGGGACCAAGCAACAGGAGCUCACCCCAUCACAGGGAUUCGAACCACCGACCUUCUGAUCAGCAAGCCCUAGGCUCAGUGGUUUAACCACAGCGCCACCUGGGUCCCCUAAACGCAAUACUUAUAAUCAUUCAUUUAAUUCAUUCAUUUAAUUCAUUUAAUUUAAGGAAUUAAUCAUUAAUUCCUUAAAUUAGCCCAAGGUCCACAUUUCAUCCGUUCCACAACCCUGCAAGGAAGGUUAGGCUAAGAGAUGUGCCGGAGGCAAGUAAGACAGUUGAGUGGUGAGUUGAAGCCUGGUUUCCCAGAUUCUCUUAACUACUAUGCUAUACUGAUUCUGAGGAAAUAUGCAUAAAUUCAUGCUGUAUUCAAAUUGUGUGUCAGAUUUCAGAUUCUGUGUUCUGUGUUGGAAGGGAUUAGCAUGAUGUGGGUGUGUCCCUCUGCUUAGUCCUGCCCAGCUCUGUCAUGAGGGAAACUGUAGCAAUAGGCCAGCUGAAGCCACUGCCAGCAGCAUCCCUAGGGUGGGGCUGGUGCAGCAAAAGGGUAUCUUUCCUACCUUCCACCUUGUCUGGUACGAGCAGCAGAGCUGUGCUGUUCCAUCAAGCCCUGCCAUUGUUGGCCAGGGACUUGGAUCAACCCCUGAGCUUACGGGUAGGAAAGGACCCUAAUCCAAUCUACCUCACACAUUCCAUUUCUUUCCACCUAAUUAUUGGAAACUUUACAACUCGCAGAACAGGCAAGCAAUAAGGGGCAAACUGCAGAGCACAGCAUCAUUCAAAAAGACACAAGACAGCUCUAACCAUCUGCAGUUGGAUCUCAAGAGGUGCAUGUGCCAGACUGCCUGCCUGUGCCUCUUCUCUCACUCCUCACAGUGACAGCACUUAACCAAAGCAAAGGUAAGGGAGAUGAUGCAGGGGACACAUCAAACAAGGCUGGCAGCCACUUCCAUCCCAUGAGCUCAAUAGUAAAAGAAUCACUUGGCAAGUUAGGGAAGACAUGAUCCCCCCACCUGUCUUAAUGAAAUCAAACACAAUAAUCUGUUUAACAUCUGACAUUCGUUUCUGGAAAUUUCCCACUUAUUUUGCAACAUCUUGAUAUACAACACACCUCAGAGAAGUAAGGGAAUGAUAGAUUCUGGGUAAGCUGUGGGUUCAAAAUAAGCCCUUUCCCAUCCUAAAGUGGGGUGACUUUAAUGAACCCACAUACUGAAUAAAGUUAGCUUGGAGAAAGAAUAAUCUAGAAACCAGAAUAUGACACCGGAUUUCAGUUAAUAAUUUAUCUUGCCCCUUCAAAUAAAUAUAAACUGAACAUUUUUCUAAACUUGUGUGCUGACUUUUAUGUUUUAUUUUGACAAUCAAAAAUAAACAAGUGUUUUUGUAUCCCAAUGGUAUAUAUUUAACAGACAUUUUCAUAUUUUGCCUCUGUUUAAUUAAAUACAUAUUCCUGUUGAACAUUCUCUAUACAUUUUAUACAUAAAAUACGUAAAAAUACAGUAAUAGGUUCAUUUAUUGCACAUACAAAGUAAAUUAUGCUUGCAUUUCUCUUUGCUCAUCAUUACACAAGUAUCCUCUGCAAUAUAUUAUUGGCCUAAAUAUUGUUUUAAUAUAAUCCCAGUUUACUAGUAUACUGAAAUAUUAAGGAGUAGAAAAUCUGUUAUAGUGCAUUCUAAAUUUAUUCUAAGUAUCAUCUGCCUCACAAAGUUCCCUGGUUUAAUCUAUCAUAUGUAAACCAUUGAGGAAAAAUUUAAAAUAUUUCAUUUUGAAAUUAAGUAUUUUGAAAUUCUAGACUUCUUUUCAACACACGGCUGUUCCCAACAGGCAAAUCAAGUUUUCACUGUGCCUUAAACAUAAAACUCACAGAGACUCUUGUGUUGGUAAGCGAACACCCCUGCCUUAGGAAGUACUGGCCUGAUACUGUACUUUGUAGCCUAAAUUCCAAUAGAUCCAGGUUUUACAGUGUGCAGUUCCAAGAUUAAGCCAGAAGAUGGUGCCACUUGCACUGCUCAGUUACCAUACUACAGUAGUGAUCAUAUCAGAUUUCCUUCUAUGAUUCCUCCUUAUCUGAGGAAGUGUUUUAUAGUCAGAGGACUGCUUUCAGUCUGAACCACAACCACACUAACAUGGGCAUGCUAGUAUAAAGAAAAAGAAGUCGAAGGUCGGGAGCCAUUUCAAAAGGCUGAAAAGGUUGAAACGCAUGGGGAAAAGCAAAGAGAGAAAAAGUGAUGGUGUCUCUGUUAUUGGGAUACUGAAUUCUAAUUCUAGGGCUGAAUAUAAAUACAAGAGGUGAAAACCUGAGGUAGUACAAGGAGAUUGCAAGGGAGAUACAGGCAGAGAU